ACCAAUUCAACAUCAGUCAACAUUGGUAGUUUCUACUAUUAAGUAGCACAGACCUUUAUUGUUUAUUUCAAAUAUCCUUAAUUUAAAACAAAAACAAAUUAUUAAAAAUGUACAAUUUGGUGGUGCUCUCUUGCCUUUUUGCUGUAGCUUUUGCUAAACCCGGUUAUUUAGAACAUCAUCAUCAUGGAUUAAAAACUGUUUCAGUACAUUCUGAAAUUCCAGUUGUUAAAACAGCAUUAGUACAUGAACCAGCAACAGUUGCUGUACAAGAACAUACAUUAGCUAAAGUUGGAGAACAUGUUGAACAUAUUCCAACAUCAGUAUCACAUCAUAGUUCAUCUGUUGUACAUAGCAAAGCUGAUCUUAUUACACCAAUUGUUGCCCCAGCUGUAAAAACACGUUAUGAACCAGUUGUUCGUACCUAUGAAAAACAAUAUAUUGAAAAAGUACCAGUUGUUAAAUCAUAUGUUGCUCCAACAAUUAUCAAAUCAUAUGCUGCUCCAGCAAUCGUAGAAUCAUAUGCAGCUCCAGCUAUUGUUAAAUCAUAUGCAGCACCAGCUAUUGUUAAAUCUUAUGCAGCUCCAGCUGUAUUAAAAUCAUACGCUGCUGCACCUUUAGCUCAUUCAUCUUUAUACCAUUCAUGUUAUCACAAAGUGAUUCUUUCCUGCUUUAUUGCUGUAGCAGUUGCCCGUCCAGGUGUACUCCAUGGUGCUCCUGAACUAAGAACAAUUUCUGUUCACAGCGAAAUCCCAGUUGUUAAAACAAAAUUGAUCCAUGAACCAGCAACAGUUGAAGUAAAAGAACAUACAAUUGAAAAAAUUGGAGAACAUGUUGAAAGAUUACCAACUGGUAUAACUCAUCACAGCUCAACAGUUUUACAUGGAAAUGCCAAUAAAGUUACACCAAUUCUUGCACCAGCCAUCAAAACUCGUUAUGAACCAACAGUAAGAACUUACGAAAAACAAUUCAUCGAAAAAGUACCAGUAGUUGAAUCAUAUGUAGAACCAACUUUAGUUAAAACUGUACAUGAACCAACUCUCAUUAAAUCUUAUGAAGCUCCAACACUUUUAAAAACUGAAACACCAACAUUUGUAAAAUCAUUUGAAACUCCAACACUUUUGAAAACUUUGCCAGAAGCACCACUCUUAAGAUCAUAUGAAGCACCAACACUUUUGAAAUCUUUUGAAGGAUCAAGUCACUUAAAAUCUUUCGAAACACCAACUCUCUUAAGAUCAUUCGAACAUCCAACUCUCUUAAAAUCUUUUGAAGCACCAACUCUUUUAAAAUCAUUCGAAGGACAUGGAAUCGUUGAACAUCGUGAUUCACCAUUUGUGUUCCAUGAACGUUUUGAAGCACCAAAAGUUAGGUCUUUAAUUUCACACAAUGAUGCUGUUAUUGUUGAUGCCCCAUCAUUCCCAGCUCCAUGCCUUAAUUGUGGUCAUGCUUUCAUUGAAGGGCGUUCAUUCGAACACCCAAAAAUUAUUGAAACUAAAAUGUACAAGUUGGUGGUGCUUACUUGCCUUAUUGCCGCAGCUGUUGCUAAACCCGGCUACUUAGAACAUCAUCAUCAUGGAUUAUCAACCGUUUCAGUACAUUCUGAAAUUCCAGUUGUUAAAACCGAAUUAGUACAUGAACCAGCAACAGUUGCUGUACAAGAACAUACAUUAGCUAAAGUUGGUGAACAUGUUGAAAGUAUACCAACAGCAGUAUCACAUCAAAGUCAAACAAUUGUACAUAGUGGAGCUGAAAAAAUUACACCAAUAUUGGCACCAGCUGUAAAAACACAUUAUGCUCCAGCUGUACGUACUUAUGAACAACAAUAUAUUGAAAAAGUACCAGUCGUUGAAUCAUAUGUAGCUCCAACAGUUGUUAAAACUUAUGCUGCACCAGCAAUUUACAAGAGUGCAUACACAUCAUAUGAACCAACAUUAUUGCAUUCAGCUAUUUCACAUCAUCAUCAUCAUCAUGAUUUACCAGCUGUUGUUAGUUCAUGGUAAAUUUAAGGCGAGAUAUGAAACAAUAUAUUAAAAAAAAAAUAUUUUUGACUGUCAUUUAAUUCUAUUGUUCAUAAUUUUAUUAUAAAAAUUAUAAUGAAAUAUUAUAUAAAAUAAUAAUUAAUUAUGAAAGAUUAGAAUUAAAUUUUUGUUUUUAAAUGGAAUUUAUUAGAAAAUUAAUUGAUUAAAAAAAUAAAUUAAAUAUGUCUAUAUUUUUGUAUUAUGAAAA